AAGAUAAGCUCCGUGCACACUGCCGAUCCUCCGCCAAACAUCCGUCCAGAGCGCAGGCGUACACACGCACAAACGAAGCAAGCAGCGAGGACGAAGCCCAUGGAGGUACUGGCGUGCUCCGGCGGCCUGGAUCCCGCGAGACUGGCGGAGGCGCCGCAGCUGCUGCGCUCGGCCUCUCGGGCCAUGAAGGAGCUGGCCGCCGACAUCCAGUCCUGCGACGGCACCCACCGGAAAUGGACGCCUAGGUCCACGAGGUGCGGGUGGAAGGCCGGCGCCCCCGAUCUGGAGGCUCUUGAGGCCCAUUUGCUCCAGAUCUGGGGCAUCUCCGCCGCCACCGAGCCACGGCGCGCCCAAGACAAGGCGCUGGCUCUGCAGGCCAGGGACGUCGUCUACCUCAUCCAGAACCUUCAAGACAUGAUCCACUACCACAGGUUCCACUCCUCCAACCCGCCUCGCCUUCUCAGCCAUCAUCAAUCCAAGCCCCUUCCCGCUCUCACGUGGUGUGGUUUCAACUGCCUCCCUUUUGGAAUAGUUGCGUCCAAACCACCCAUCAAGGUUGUCCAUGAAGAAACUCUCAAGAUUGGCAAUAUGCUGGACAAGGCCGCCGGCGGCUCAUCCUUCAAUUCGCUGCCGCCGGCAAUGCCGCCGCCGCGGCGGCGUAUGCCUGAUUCAGGCAGGGGGGUUCUUCAGGCUGGGUUAUUUGUUGGGCGCCACAAGGAGAAGGGUGACAUCGUGCAAAUGCUCAUCCAGCCAUGCGCCAAGCCUGUUAUCUCCCUUGUUGGUGCUGGAGGAAUUGGGAAGACAACUCUUGCUCAGAUGGUGUUCAAUGAUGCAACGGUCAGGGACCAUUUUGAUGUCAAAUGUUGGGUGUCAGUUUCCUGUAGCUCCAACAAGAUGGAGCUCGUCGUGGCGGAUAUCCUAAGGUCGCUCAAACCGGCUUGGGAUGACAAGAUGGUGGAUUUUCAAACGCUUCAGUCCGAGCUCCGUCGGGCUCUUACAUCCAAGAGGUAUCUCAUUGUUCUCGAUGAUGUGUGGAACAGCAUGGAUGAAAUCUGGCUGGAUAUGCUCGCUCCUCUACAAUCAGCAGAUAUUGGGAGCAGAAUUAUAGCGAUUCAUCGCAUCGAAACCGUACCUCGCAACCUCACAGCGUCGUCGCAGCUGUACGCUGUGAAUCCGCUGAAUAGCGACGAUUGCUGGGCCCUGCUCAAGGAACAUGCUUUCCCAAGUGACAGCGGGGAUGUCUAUCCAGAUCUUCACCCGAUCGGGAAGCAGAUUGCUGCAAAAAUCAAUGGAUCACCUCUGGCUGCCAAGCUGGUAGGAGGUUUGCUGGGAGAUACAAGGAGCAAAAUUCACUGGACGAACAUCAUGGAAACAGGAUUACAAGAUGAUAAUGCUGUUUCCUCCGUCCUACGCUUGAGCUAUAAGUACCUACCGGUACACCUCAAGCGGUGCUUCGCAUAUUGCAGUUUGUUUCCAGAGGACUACAAGUUUGAUCCAGCACACUUGUCCCGCCUUUGGAUUGCCGAGGGUUUUGUUCAACCACAAGACAUGGCCGACAAAAGGAUGGAAGACAUUGCUAGAGAAUAUUUUGAUCAGCUCCUUUCAUGCUCAUUCUUCCAGGAAAUCAAGCUUGGACCCAAGACAUACUACUUGGUGCACGGCUUACUCCAUGAUCUUGCAAAGUCUGUUGCAGCGGAGGACUGCUUCCGUAUUGACGAUGGCAUGAACUGUGACAUCCCGUCAACAGUGCGCCAUCUGUCUGUCACCAUGAACAGUCUACCUGGUCUUACAAGCUUCUGCAGUCUAGAAGAGCUGCGCACCUUGUUAAUCCGACCGUCACUUCCGUCCAACCCCAGUUGCUCCCAAGAAGAUUUUGCUGUGAAUUUAAUUAGUAUCCUGGAGAAGUCAAAACAGUUGCGUGUUCUUGAUCUCAGUUGCCUUAACUCUGAAGAGUUGCCCCACUGCAUUGAUGACUUAUUGCACCUCCGUUACCUAUCUAUCCAUGGCUCCGUCCAGAGGCUUCCUGAGUCGAUUGGCAAGCUCCUGCAUCUGCAAGUAUUGUGCUUCACUGGGAAAUGUUCUUUUGAUAAGCUUCCUGAGAGUGUUACUAUGCUGGUCAAUUUGCGGCACCUUCUUGUUGAAACCAAGUGUACUGCAGGAAUAGCAGGCAUUGGUCGGCUAGCUAACCUUCAGGGAUCACUUGAGUUCCACGUUGAGAAGAGGGAAGGGCAUAAACUAGAGGAGUUGAGGAACAUCAAUGGUCUCCGUGGGUUACUAAAAAUAGGAGGUCUAGAAAAUGUUUCAAGCUGUGAAGAAGCCUGCAAAGCUGAGUUGAAUAAGAAAACACAUCUUAAUUCUCUGAAUUUUGAAUGGAGCUCUGCUAGUAGGAAUAAUCCGCCUCCUGCUGACGCAAAGGUACUUGAAGGCCUACAGCCGCACCAAGACAUUAAGGUACUUCAUAUAAGAAGGUAUUGUGGCGCCAAAGCUCCCAGUUGGCUACAGUCAUUGCAGCAAGUGCGUUCUUUGCACCUCAUCAAUUGCAGGAGUUUGGGCAGCCUUCCUCCAUUGGGAAAUUUGGGAUCACUCACAUAUUUACACAUGAAGGAGCUGUGUGCAGUUGACCGAAUUGGACAUGAGUUUUAUGGCAACAGUGAUGUGGCAUUUCCAUCUCUAAGUGUCCUUGAAUUUGAUGAUUUCCCAAAGUUGUGUGAGUGGGCUAGAAUAGAGGACAAGAACUCAUUUCCAUGCCUUAAAAGAUUAAUUAUAGUGGAUUGUCCAGAAUUGGUCAAAAUUCCAUCGUUCCCCGCAACUACUCGUGAAGUUACCAUUGAGCGUACAUCCUUCAUGCCAUACAUGAGGCUUGCGCCUUUUUCUUCAAGUUCAGAGAAGCUACAGCUGGAUGUUUGCACAACUUCUGUCCACUUCAAUGGGUUACUCCAUAAGCAGCAUGUAGAGGCUGUUGUAGCCUUGAACAUAAGUGGUGCUGAACAAGUUGGUGUUGCUGAAGAAAUAGGGUCGCUUGUUUCUCUACAGAGGUUGCAGCUUAGUCGAUGCAACUUUACUGAACAGAAUUUUAGUAAUUUUCUCCAGGCUCUCCCUUGUUUGUCCUCGUUGGAGAUGAUAGACCUGCCCAACAUAACAUCUCUUCCACCAUCAGAAACACUUAGGUGCAGCACCAUGCUCACUGAGUUGUCCAUACGCAACUGCCAGUUUUUGCACUCUCUAUCCUCGUUGCAGUUUUUUGAUUCAUUAAAAUUUCUGGUGAUCGAGAGAUGUCCUAAAGUUACUGCGGCAUCAUUUCCGUCGAACUUCAGUUCUCUCAAAGUGCUGAGAAUAUCGUACUGCUCAGAGCUCCAAUCUUUGCCAGAGUGUGGUCUGCCAUCCUCAUUGGAAACACUUCAUGUUAUUGGGUGCCACCCCGAGUUGUCCAGGCAGUCAAGAAACAUGAAAGGACAUUGCAGUGAGAAGAUUGCUUUGGUACCUAGCGUGUUGAUUCAGUGACAGAAUAUUUUGCAGGUGGAGAUGGCACCUCAAAUGAAACAGUUACUGUGAUUAAUUGCAGGGGAGAUGGCACCUCAAAUGAUCUUAGAGCAUCUCUAGUAGAAUCCUUAUCUCUUAAAAUUCCAAAAUCUUUCAAAAUCCCACUCUAGCAGAUUCCCUAUCCCCAACCACAUCCUUAUAAUUUUUGAGAGAAUAUCACAUGGAAACCAAGUUUCGGUGGAAACCGAUGAAAACCACAUGGAAACGAUGUUUUGAAGUUCUAAAAAAAUCUCAAAAAAAUGUUGGGUCUUAAGAGUGUGAUGUUCUAUUAGUAUGUGAAAUUUCCAGCUUCAAACACAUUUCCAUUUAAGUGGUAUGAAAGAAAAGGAAUCAGCAUUGAAUAGUACCAAACAGUAAACGUCACCAUUCAUUGCUGAUUUUUUUUUCAGAGCUCGUAAAUGGUAAUGUGUUUGAACUUGGAAUUUCACAUGCCAAUAUAACAUCACCUUCUUAACAUCCUGUAUUUUUUUGCAGAUUGUUUUGGAACUUUCAAACUUCGUUUCCACAAAUUUUCUUUGAAACUUAGUUUCCAUGUGAUAUUCUCUCAUAAUUUUCAUGGUCAAAACCUAGAAACGCCCUGCCUUGACCCAAAAUAUAGGGCCAAAAAAACACCCCACUGGCCCUAUCCAUCCCUUUUUCACUCUCGUGACGGGGAUCAAACUCCCCCCCCCCUCAAGUUCUCGCCAGCCGCCCCGGUGAAAUUCCCGGUUACUCCAUGGAUGUCGCCCACCCACGUGUGGGUCCUUCCCCUCUUUCCUAUGCCGAAUCUUUGCUGCCCACACCACCCAUGGCGUCUCUCAAACCGGCGGCAAGGAAGCGGGUGCAUGGCAACACGCGAGGCCAUCGCAACCCUUCAGACCCGCCUAGAGGCCACCAACAUUCGGCCCACUGGCCUCUCGCCUCUCGUGCCUGCAUGUAGAACCAACGCCACCCCCAAGCCGACACAUCGAGGAAGAGGGUGUCGACGCGAAAGUGGUUGGUCGUUGAGCUGGCGGGAGGGCCCUCUAACCCUCGCGCCUCCCUCCCACCCCUCAAAGCCCUUCUCCACCCGCCAUUGAUACCGACAAGCUCGGCAUGGUUGACGCCUCUGAGGUACUCGACUGAAUGCCCACAAGUGCCAGUUACGAAUUCUUUCAUGAGCAUGAUGAGUGACUCCGGGCGCAUAGAUGGCAUCAACUAUUGGUUGUGACACUUCAUGUGGCAGGGGAAAUGAUCAAACCGGCGUCAACUAUUGGAAAGGUCGUUAAGGGGGAAUUUCAUCGCAACGUGAAGACCCUCCUACCGAUGUGAACUAUUACAGAUUAUGUGGUUCAUUCAGAUGUUAUGUUGUAUAGCAUUGUAAUGUUGUUGAGUUGUGUGGGGUAGAAACAUAAAAGUAUGAAAUCUUGUGAUGUGAAACUGAAAGUUGUUGGAGAUGUACGUACGGAGAGAAGAUAAAUGGAUGGGGAGAGAUGUAGGGGUUGCAGUUUAAAGGGAUCUGCUGGAGUUGAGCACCGUGGAUUGUGCAUGCCCUGAUGAAAUCCUGGACCUUGUCAAACCGGUGGUUCCUUUGCAGCUCUUAUCAAAUGUGCAUUCCAGUCAAC